UUCAUCCUUGCCGCUUGCACCAUGCAACCCCCUCACCUCCUCCUGUUCCUCUUUCUUCCCCUCUUCCUCCCUGGGAUGUGGGCAGACCUAGACGCAGAGCCACAGGUUUUCCAGCUGCUCCAGACCAGCCUCUUCGCCAAUGUCAGCUCUGCUGAGGUGUCCGGGAUGACUUUCCUAGGGGAUGUGCCCAUCUUUGCACUGGAUCCUGCCAACUGGAGCAUAAACUUCUACUGGCUGUGGGCCCACCAGGCCACAUCUGAGGGUGAUGCAGAGAAGAUCAAGGCCCAGUACAAAUUUUUUCUGCGCAAUAUGGUCCGAUAUGUCCACAAAAUGGCCCAGCAGGCACAAAUGGACUACCCCUUGGUGGUCCAGAUCCGUGCGGGCUGUGUGCUGUACCCCAACAGGACAAGCUGGGGCUUCAUGGAUGUCGGGGAGGAUGGCAGAGACCUCACAGCUUUCAAAAUGGAGUUGAGACGCUGGGAGCCCCUGCAGCCAUCCCGUCUAGCGCAGCUGGUCAGCAAGUCCCUCACCAGCAAGAAGGCCAUCACGGGGCUCCUGGAGCACCUCCUCUUAAUAUCCUGCCAGAGCUUCAUCCUUACCCUGUGCAGGUAUGGGAGGUCUGACCUGGAGAGACAAGAGGCCCCCGUGGCCACGGUCUUUGCCCGCACACCCAGACCAGACCAGCUCCUGCUGGUUUGCCGCAUCACGGGCUUCUACCCACGGCCCAUCAGUGUGGUCUGGCUGCGGGAUGGCCAGGAGGUGCCACCGGGCCCGGCACUCAACACCAGCACCAUCCUGCCCAAUGCCGACCUCACCUACCAGUUCCGCAGCAUCCUUGCCGUGGCCCCUGGUGAUGGGCACAGCUACGCCUGCCGCGUGAGCCACCGCAGUCUGGGCACCCGCAGCCUCCUCAUCCCAUGGGAAAACAGCAGCACAGCUCCAACAGUCAGCAUUGCCAUCGCAGUGCUCUUCCUUGCAGCUGCAGCCUCUGCUGGGGGGCUUUGGUGGUGGAAGCACAGGAAAGGUGACGAGGCCAUAUGGGAGACUCAGGAAUUUGUUAUUUAAGGACUGGCUGCCUGUCCAGCAAUGAGCUCCCUUGCCACCAGCUCUCCAUGAUCACCUCAUCUCCCAUCCCUUGAUGCAUCAUUACCAACAGGUGUUUGCUCCGGAAAACCACUGUAUUAAACAGCUACAAACUUC